CUCCACCCCUCCUUCACCCUCCUGGUCAACCUCCAUUCACUGCUCUCAUGACCACAAGCCCAAUAUCAGGCAGGACGUCCGACACUUUUUCUCUACUCUUGCUCAGCUAAAUCUAAAAAUGUCCUGGACUCGACCUCUUCUUCUCACCUGUCUCGUUGUUUUGUCCGUCAUCACCUUGUUCCAUGGAGCUGACAGUGCCGCUGUGUCAGAUAAGAAGGCAGCCAAUCCUGAAGUUCUCAAGAGUUCUUCUGCCUCAUUAAUGUUAUUCUUCACCGAAGGUGCACUGAGCAAUGUCUUCAUGCAAGAGGCAGAUGCCUCCAGCUUCUUCAAACGGCGAGGCAAGAGGGCUGUGAAAACUCAAGAUGAGAUAAACGCUGAACAGAGACAGAGACUGGCCGCAGACGAGAGAAGGAGAGAGUAUCAUGAGGGACAGAGGAAUAAGUUUGAGAGUUACGCAGAAGAGGAAAAUGAUGAGCAAGACGAGCGCACCAGAGAGAAGACAGAGCAGUGGAGAGAGUUUCACUACGACGGCCUCGACCCAUCUUACGAGUACAACCGACACACGGUGUAAAACACUGGAGAACUACGACAGAACGGGUGGACAGCUUUACAGUAGAUCUCUGUGAAGGUGUUUGUGCAGAAUGUCUGCAGUUAACAUGCACACAAUAGCGCAAAAGAACGUAGCCUUAUAUGUGUAUUCAUGCAUACAGAACGUAUGUAAUCCAUGUAUCAUAGUUCUUAAAAAAGAUGUACAUUUAUUCAUAUGUAGGCUUUCUUAACCCUUACUGUAUGACUAAACUUUAUUUUUAUUGCAAUGUGUUGUACAUUUCGUCACACACAAGUAAUUUAAUGAUUAUUAAUUCUUAAUUUCAAAGUGAAUAUGUAUUCAUUUUGUGCUGGGAUAAUGUAAAGUGUUACAUUUCAUGUUCGUAACAGCUACUUUAGGUUGAAACACGACAAGUCAACAAUAA